AAUCCACUCGUGAAGGCCGUUAAAAUUGUUCGUUUACUUGCAAUUACUCUGCAUCGGCGAUGCCUCCACCUAUGCUCCGCCUUAUGUCUAGCGCCUCCGUGUCUACUGUCGCCGGUCUCCCGCCAAUUCUUCCUAAACCUCCCAUUUCAAUUCAAAAGCUCCCCGUCAACCCCAAUCAAGAGACUCAACAGAAACUGCAACGCCAUCUUCAAAAUCAAAUCCAGUUCUCCCGCAGAGACGCUGCUUUUCUCUCUUUAGUCUCUCUCCUCACUUCCCUCUUCCAUCCCCCUCAAGCUUCUGCCUUCUCCAUUGGGAUUUCAGGACCAAAGGAUUGGCUUAAAGAGCAAAAGAGGAAGUCUUCGAAAUUCCUUUUGGCCCCAAUAGAUGCUUCUCGCCAAAGCCUUCGCUCCGCUUAUCUUUUGCUCACUGACAAGGAAUCAACUAAUUUGAGUAAGGAUUUAGAGGAUGUCCAAAGACUCUUGAAAUCUGCCGCUAGGGAUUGUGUUGUACAAGAGAGGAAUUCCUUCGUUGCAUUUCAAGCCAACACCGGAGUCGAGGUUUGCACAUUCCGUUUGAUUGUGAAUAAUGCUUCUUCUUUGCUUGAGAAGAAGAAUCCUGUUAAGCUGGAAGCUGAAGCUAUGCUAGAUGAUCUUAUAAGCUCAUUUACCUCUCUUAAUAGUUUGGCAAACGAAAGAGAUAUUCAAGUUGCUUCCAACAGACAAAUGGUUGCAGAUGCACUCAAGGAUACCUUAAUUUCUCUUGACAAAUUUGAACAGGGGGUUAAGGACUGUCUGGAAGUAUGACAAUGGCAGCUUCCUUUAGUAACUGUAAAUUUGCAGUAGCUUUCAUACUUUGGACCUGGUGGAGAAUGGAAGACUGUAAGAAAUGCAUAUGUUAAUUUGAUCUUUGUUGUAAAUUUUGUUCAUUUUUCCAACUUCUCAUGUGUUUGUUUCAUUGU